GGGAGCUGCGGCUUUAUAUAAGCUGAGCACAACGGCGGUGUUCUCGCGGACCCAUCACCUGGCUGACCUGCGUUUGUGUUGAGACCAGCGACUGAGAUGAAGCUCACAGCGUCGUUCGUUCUGCUCGCGGUUUCCACGGGGUUGGCGGCGGCAACUGCUUUGGGAUCCCAGGCCGUUCUCAGCCAGAGCGACGACCUUGCACACGCGGAGGCACCUCUCUCAGAUGGGCAGCUGCUGGAACGGAUAGAGCAGUUCUCUGGGCUGACUUCGGACCCCGUAGAGCUCUACAAACUAGUGGACCCUGCUGGAGCUUCUGACCUGGAUGAGCCGCGUCUACUGUAUGUUUGGGAGCUUCACAAGUCAGAAGACGAGGCCGAGUGGGCGACCGAGGGGGACAAGCUUAGGCUGCAUCAGCAGGGCCUCAAGUUCACGGACAUAACGGAAACUAGGGAUCUGGGCAAGAAGAAUGCUGUCAGGGUCAAGGAGGCUGCAGAAUACCCGCCCAUCUCGUACCAGUCCCAAGUCCGAGAUGUUAUCUCCAACCUGACCACCCAGAAUAUGUACGACAACCUCGAGAAGUUCACCAGCUUCUUCAAUCGGUUCUACAGAAGUGAGAACGGUGCUGCCAGCAGCCAUUGGCUUUACUUGCAGGUUUUGGACAUUAUUGCGAAAGCGCCAGCUUCAACGCCAUUGUCCAUCCGUAAAUUCACCAACCCCUUCCCUCAGUCAUCCGUUAUCGCUCGGUUUGAGCCAAAGUAUCCUUCUCCGAAUAAGACAGCAGCAGUAAUUAUUGGCGCACACCAAGAUUCCGCCAACUACCGCUUCCCGCUUCUUCCCGCCCCGGGAGCUGACGAUGAUGGCAGCGGCACUGUCACCAUCCUCGAGGCGUUCAGAGCCCUCGUCGAGAAAGGAUUCACACCUGAAUACCCGGUAGAAUUCCACUGGUAUGCAGCGGAAGAAGGUGGCUUGCUUGGGUCCCGCCAAGUAGCUGCUGAAUACGAGAGGCUAGGGAGGGAUGUUCGUGCCAUGAUUCAAUUCGAUAUGACCGCCUAUACCAAGCAGAACCACACGGCUACUGUCGCUCUCAUCACUAACGACGUCGAUAUACCUCUCACCGAAUACGUGAUUUCUUUGGCAGAGGAAUACGCUGACUACCCCGUUCAACGUGCCAAGUUGGUACCCGGUGCUGGUUCCGACCAUAUGUCGUGGCACAAGGCUGGGUAUGCUGGCGCUUUUGCAACUGAAGGAGACCCCUUCACAGAGUUCGACCCAUACAUCCACGGCGCCAACGAUACCAUGCACCUUCCAAACGGCGAGUUCAGCUUCGAGCAUGCACUGGAAUUCUCCAAGGUCGCUGUGGCUUUCGCUGUUGAACUAGGUGGAUGGGUAUAGGAGCGUAACGGUCACAUCGAUAGCCCGUCUUUGGCUCGGUCUGGAUGUAGCUGCGAAUGAGUAGUGAACUGCCAUGAUAUACAUACCAUACAUAAUGCACGACCUCAUUUAUGAGGUAUGCAAAGCCUUUGUUGAGUGAAGUCCGUCGUACUCCCUAUAAGAAGCCGUAGCCUGUAGGUAGAACCGUGGCGCAUGUCGGAUACGCUGCUUAUUCCCUCAGAUAUGAAUGGUAGGCCCGACAUUAGAGAGUCA